UGCCCACUAUGACUUCACCCAGUUGGCCUGGGAAAGGCCAUGAGGUGGGCGUGCAGAGCUCCCAGGUCUUUCAUGCCCCCCUUGACUUCCAGGGUCACAAGCCCUUUCCCGCCCACCAUGCCUUCUCCGCCUACAAGAUCCUCGAAGCCCAGCAAGGCCCCAGCCUCCACUGGACCCUCCACACCCACCGCAUCCCCCAGGCCUCCUGCCUCCUUAAAGACCAUCAAAUCGGCAAUGCCCAACAGCUCCUCAGUGCCCACCCAGCCAUCAAGAGCCCCCAACUCAGUUGUGAGCCCGAGCAGCUCCAAGCGCACCAAAUCAGCAAGUACAAAGGUAUCCCCUUCUCACCAGCCCGGCAGCGGAACCCGGGCCCGCAGCAAGGCGAGAACAGCCAGUGGGGCCAGCACCGACACCAGGGCCAGCAAGGCCAGGGUGAGACGCCACCAGCGGAGGGGCACGCACAGCCGGGGCAGAACUCCUGGCAGAAGGGAAAGCCACAACCCCAAGAGGUCACCCAGCAGGGCCAGCACUCCCAGCGGGAUGAGACCUCACGGUGCCGGAGCCGGCAUGCCCGGCAAGGUGCGAACACCUGUUUCCCGGCACAGAAACAGUACAGGACAAAGUCACAGCAGGCCUGGGACCACUAACUGGGAAAGGAGUGACAACCAGCUCGGAAACAGCAACAGGGAGAAGAGUUACAGCCCACCAGGGGCCUCGGGGGUAGGGAGUAGUUCCAGGUUGGCUACAGCCACCAGUAGGGCAAAGAGUUACAGCCCUACUAGAACUUCAGUCAAGGAGAAUUAUGGUGACUCUCCACCGUCAGCAAGGAAAGUGAAGAGCUAUAGUCAGCUGGUCGACCCUAACAGGGGAAGGAGUUACAGCCCAACAAAAGUGCCCAGCAGGGUCAAGGGUUACAACCAGGCUGGCACUCCCAGGAAGGCCAGAAGCCACAGCUGAAGCCACAGCCGGUCUAGAACCCCCAGAAGGGCAAGAAGUCACAGUCGGAAGAGGACCCAUAGCAGGGUGAGAAGUCAUGGUUGGAACAGAACUCAUAGUAGAGCAAGAAGUCAUGCCUGGAAGGGAACACCUAGCCAAAUGAGAAGUCGUAGCCAGUCUAGAACCCGCAGCAAGGGGAAAAGUCACAACCAGUCUACAACCCCCAGAAGGGAAAGCUGUCACAGUCAGUCUAGAAGCUCCAGUGAGGGAAGAAGUCACAGCUGGUCUAGGAGUCCCAUCAAAGAAAGAGAUCACAGUCGAUCUCGAACUCCCUACAAGGAGAGAGAUCACAGGCGAUCUAGAACCUCCAGAAGACCCAGACAGAAGACAGCCCCUCAUAGGGUGAGGAGUCCCAGCCAGAAUGGAACCCCCAGUGAGAUGGAGAGCUCCUCCCCAACAAGAAUUCUCAAGAGAGAUUGCAGACGAUCUGGAACCCCCAACAGGGAGAGAGAUCACAGUCGAUCUGGAAUUCCCCACAAGAGAAAUCACAGUCGAUCUGGAACCCCCAACAAGGAGGGAGAUCGCAGCCGAUGUAGAAGCCCCAGCAAGGAGAGAGAUCACAGACGAGCUAUCACCCCCAACAAGGAAAGAGAUCACAGCCGAGCUAUAACCCCCAACAAGGAGAGAGAUCACAGCCGAGCUAUAACCCCCAACAAGGAGAGAGAUCACAGCCGAUCUAUAACCCCCAACAAGGAGAGAGAGCACAGGCGAUCUAGAAUCUUCAGCAAGGAGAGAGAUCGCAGUCGAUCUAGAAGCCCCAGCAAGGAGAGAGACCACAGGCGAUCUAGAAGCCCCAGCAAGGAGAGAGAUCGCAGUCGAUCUAGAAGCCUCAGCAAGGAGAGAGAUCGCAGCCGAUCUAUAACCCCCAAUAAGGAGAGAGAUCACAGGUGUUCUAGAAGCCCCAGCAAGGAGAAAUAUUGCAGCCGAUCUAGAAGCCCCAGCAAGGAGAGAGAUCACAGGUGUUCUAGAAGCCCCAGCAAGGAGAGAGAUCGCAGCCGAUCUACAACCCCCAAUAAGGAGAGGGAUCACAGGCGAUCUAGAACCUCCAGAAGUCCCAGACAGAAGACAGCCCCUCACAGGGCAAGGAGUCCCAGCCAGAAUGGAACCCCCAGUGAGAUGGGGAGCUCCCCCCCAACAAGAAUUCUCAGUGCAGUCCAAACUCCAAACAAGGGUGCUAUUCAAGACAGUGCCACCAGUUAUAAGGCCACCUUACCUGGGGAGAGGUCUUCAUCGUCUUCUUCCAAGCUGGCAUAGCCUCCAGUCUCAGUUGGCUCACGGGUGUCUGUCAUGGCCAGGGGGAAGGGACAGGAGCUAGAAGCAGAGCAGCAGCUGGGCAGCGUCCCUCCCUGGCCAGCUCUCUACAGCCACACUUCUGGCCACAAGUUCUUCUCCAGUGCAGGAUAUCGGCAGGUAGAGAGGGAUACUGGACGGGGGAAGGAAAGGCCUGUGGUGACUCAAUAAACUUUUAUAUAGCAUUGGGUUCUCAGCACUGGGACGAGGCAAAGAUAGCCCCAGCUCUGUCUCUAACUGCAUAUAAGGCUUUGGCUGCAGGCCCU